CCUCCCCAGCGGAACAAAAGGAACAUAAGGAAAGAAGGAAACUGAAAGGAAUAUCGAAAAGAGAGGUCUCAAAAACCUCAACGGUACACCAUGACCGAAUACAAUGGCCGCAGGGCCCCCAACUUCUCUCAAUACCUCGACGACUUGAACGCUAUCCCGUCACCAUACGAUCAGGCUGUCCAGCAGCAGCAGGGCUCAUACAGCCUCGAUGCAGACCUCUCCCUCUUCACCAAUGCCGAGUUCUUCGAUUUUGAUAACUUUGGAGAUUUGAACCUCCCCGGGUUUGACUCGGUGGAGGGCGACAACUUGAAGAAGAAGGAAAGCAACCAAGCCGCGGGCCACAACUCAGAUAUGGAAUUCUUGGAUCUUCUCGGUGGCUUUGGCAACAUGCCCGAGUAUUCUGCUACCGGCUUCAACUCCGUCAAUGCUCAGCCCCAACCUGCAUCUCUUCAGAAUGCACAGUUCUCGACUGUCCCACAGAUGCCGAAUGGAUCCCUUAAUGCUGCCUCUAGCCCGAACGAGUCCGUCUCGACUUCAUCGCCAUCGCCUGCAGCACAAUCGCAGGCCCCCGCUCCCCCUGCCUCUACCUCGUCUUCCGCCGUCGGGACGAAGCGUAAGAACACUCAGAAGUCGGCUGCUAUGAGUGUGGAGGAGGCAGCGCGGGUUGCAGCAGAGGAGGAUAAGCGUCGGCGUAAUACUGCUGCCAGUGCGCGGUUCCGCGUGAAGAAGAAGAUGCGUGAGCAGGCACUUGAAAAGACUGUCAAGGAGACAACGGAAAAGAAUACUGCGCUUGAGGCCCGCGUCACUGCUCUGGAGCUUGAAAACCAGUGGUUAAAGAAUUUGAUCACAGAGAAGAACGGGCAAUCAUCUGAGGAAGGCAAAAAAUCUGAAAAUGAUAUUGCGGACAUGUUCAAGAAGUUCCUUGCUUCGCAAAAGGCUGAGGGCCAACGGAGUAGUGCUGAGUCGAGGAUCGGUGUGGGCACUGCUUAAAUGGAAUCCAAUUAAAGUUACGCUGAUUGAAUGGCGUUAUGUCAUUGUGUUUAUGUUCAGGUUUUCACUUCUUGUUCAUACUUAAUUGGAGCAUUAGGAGACAGGGGAAGGCGUCUCGGGUUGGUGGGAGGCAUGAGUGAUGAUUUUCAAACGUUUGAUGGUUCAGACUCCACUCCAACGUGGUAAAAAAGAUGGUU